UUUGAUUGAGUGUUUCGUCCAAUUGUUGUCCAAAUUGUGGUCUUCAGGAAGAAGUGAUCCAAAGAUGCGAUUCUUUCGUUUCCUAAUUCCCAUCAAAUUAGAGGACUUGAGGGACGGUUUGGCCGAAAGGGAUGUCUAUUCCGUUCAAUUGGAGUACAACUCCAGAGAGAUCUCAACUAAACUCAAUGACUGUGCCGACAAUUUCCGCUCGAAUGGCAUUAACUUUCUAUUGGAAGACAAUAACUUCGAUGUCUUCUACAGUUGUCUUAAAAACUUCAAUACAUUGGACGGCAAACAGAGAGACCAGACGUGGAAACUAUUGUCGAAAUGUAUGGAUAAUCAUAACAGCAGGAAAUCGAGGCGACGAUCGAAGUCUCCCUACAAUAGAGACGACCGAAACACUCACCACUCGAGGUCCAGAAGGAGUCGUUCGCGCGAACUCUAUGUAUACCGAAGGAGUUAA